CGAAGAUGACGCUGCGCUUAGUCAGCAUAUUGGUUGUGGCAUUAUUCCUACUUUUUUGGCCCGCACAGCUGGAUGCAUUUAUCACGUCGAAUACAGGGUGUCACCACAAUGGCACCUGGUUCGCUGACAAGUCGGUGGUGCCCAGCAUGGAAAAGUGCCUCAAUUGUCAAUGCAACCGGAAGACUCUUGUGUGCCGCCUAAAAGUGUGUCCCGAGAUGCCCAUGCCUCCACCUAGGGGAUGUGUGGUUGUCCAAAAGAAGAGUUCUUGCUGUCCAUAUCUGUCCUGUGCCCGAUUGGAUGCCUUCUAUAUUCCCACCAAACGACGCAUCAUUGCCUACUUGGAUCAUUAUGAGAGGGAGUCCAUAGAUCGUGUGGUCAAUGAUAACAUGUUGCAAAGGCGUUCGGAUGAUUCCGAUACGGAUUUGUUUGUUUGUGUAAAGAAUGGAACUGUCUACAAGUCAGGUUCGGCCAUGUCAUCCUCGAAUUUAUGCAGUUACUGCUACUGUAUAGGUGGCACCGAGAAAUGUGUAAAACCCAAGUGCAUGCUGCCAGGAGGGUGCAAGCCCAUUUUUGUGGACUCCACUUGCUGCCCGGUUCGUUAUGAUUGCAGCAGCAAAACCUCGGGCAAAUCCUCCCAAGAAGUUCGGUACAGGAAGACCUCGAAUAAGCAUUUCCAGCGCAUGUCACAGCGUUUGCAGCGCAAUCGAGGCUGCACUGUGGGCUCUCAGUUCUACGCUGAGGGUCAGAAGAUGCGCUCGGAUGUGGAUAGACCCUGUGACAUUUGCUUCUGCAUUCGAGGAACACGUCGUUGCCCCAAGAAGUGCUCGCCGGCGCUGAAGAACUGCAUCCCGGUGGUGCCCAAGGGACAGUGCUGUCCCUCGAGCUAUGACUGCGGCAGUCAGCGGGAUUAUCGAAGAUCACACAACUCACGACAGUUUAACCUGUACAAUAUGCUCUUUGGCAAGGAAGAACCGGAUGUUCAGGAGACGGGCAUAAUACCAAAUUCCAUGGCUGAGAGGUAUCCACACGAUCGUCAUCCCACUAGAGCUCCUCAGGGCAAUCCCCUGGAGGUCAGCAGUGAGAAGAGCAUCUUGGACACGCUGCGCGAAGGUCUCGAGUUCAUCGAUGGCAAUAACAAUAAAAUGCUGGCCAAUAAUCUGGAUCUGGUGGGAAUAAGGACCACCCAGGCUCCGCCUCUGAUGAGGACGGAAGCCAAUGAAGAAGGUACCAGUAGCACCACAGCCCUGAGUUUUCUGGAUCUCCUCUUAGGCCCCAGUACAGAGAUGGGUUCAGAAGAGGUUAGGCAACCGGAGUCUACCACGGUUAAGAAUACUCUCUCCUGGAUGGAUAUACUCCUGGGACCCGAUGAGGAGGAACUACCUCCCGCCACCGAGGCCUACACGGAAACCAGCUCUACACAGAAUCAAUCCGAGGAAGUGAAGACAUCAACGAAUAGUAUUAAGCGGAUAGCUGAGGACUUUGAAGAGCAAUUUGACAAUGGGGAAAUGGCAGCAGGUGAACUUCCAGCAGAGGCUCAGCAAAUUAGCAUGACCAAUUCUGGGAUUUGGCCGAAACCAGUAACCGAAGCUGUACUUCCUCCUCCCAAAGAAGAACCAAGUCUCUUCAAUGCCCUGAUAGAUGGACUAUCGGGGAUCCUUGAAGAGCCUCUGAAUCAGACAUCAACGAGUAGUACAACCACCACUACGACCACGGAGAAACCUCUGAAAACUAAUGUGUAUGCUCCACCCAUGUUCCGUCCUCUGCCAAGUGGGAAACCAACUCACACGCGAAUCAACUCGAAGCUGGCUAAUCUCACAGUGACACCGCCCAUGUUGGUGGUGACCAGCAAAUAUGGUCAGUCGCAGCCUGUGACCCUCAGAACGGCGGAAAACAGGGUCAACUUAACUACUACAACUACAGAAAAACCCAGUACUACCACCACGCGAACAUCGAUUGAGACUACGACUAUGAAAACCACUCCAAAGCCUUCUACUACCAACAAACCUAAGCUAAAAACUACAAGGAAAACUAUAACGACGCCAAAACCCACAACUCUACAAACGACAACUCAAAAACCCAGUACUUCAAGGCCCACAGCUAAGAAGGCUGUUACUCCAAGACCCACAACUCAAAAACCAACAACAGCAAGACCCACAACAACUACUACAACUACACCAAAAACCACUUCAUCAACUCCUUCUUCGACUCCUUCAUCAACUCCUGCAACAACUCCUUCAACAACAACUUCGACAACACACAAACCAAUUUCGACAUCACAAACCACAAUUCGAACCACUAGCAAGCCGAAAUUUAAACCCAAGACUAAACCUUACAUUACAAGUACUCCAAACCCUAGUUAUCAAAACGAACCCACUAUUUUGGAAGCCGAACCCCUAGAAGACGCCAGUGGUGGAGAACCCACACUCUCCAGUCUACCGAAUCUAAAAAUAAUACCUUUCCUGCCAACCGAUGCCGUGGAAACGGUGCCCAAGGAGACCUAUUCCAGUAACUUUUAUCAGCAGCAGGUAGCCUCCGAUAAAAUGGAUGUGGUAGGGUAUGACACCAUGGAUGAUUCAGUGGCUCUGUAUACACAAUCCCAACCUGAUCAGGCUGCCUACAAGUACAAGUUCAAUGUGGAAGUUCCAGCGGUGCAGCCUGCUCCCGAGCCAGUGGUUCAUCUGGGUGGGAAAUAUGAGGGCAGUGCCGCCUAUGUUAAGUUCGACUUCGACAGACCGGUGGUUCCACCUUCACACAAUGGCUUCUCGCCUCCCGAAACGGAGGGUGGAUUCAUGCCCAAGGAACCGCUGGUUAUCGAUGGCGAAGUCCUUCAGGAGCAUGUCACCUCGAGUGGAAUCAGGCCGGUAGAUAACUUCCAUGUCACACAGCAUAUAAUUGAUAUCACAACGGCGGGAAAGCAAGAUAACGAUACAGCUUCGAUAGAAAUCACUACACCCGAUCCUUUUAAAGAUGUCAUACACACAGAGCCAUCGCCCAAUCUCGAUGAAUUAAUCGUUGACAAAGCGAACAAGCAGCCGGCGAUUGAAGAGCAUAUUGAAACUGUCACUUUCAGUGUUAGCAACUCCACAUCCACUUCAUCCUCCUCCACAUCUUAGCUCUUCACCAGCAAUACAGCAGCAGCAGCAACGACAACGGAAAAGGAAACCCCCUUGAUAGAUAAAUAUGAAAUCAAUAAAUUAGAUAAGCUUUUGGAUGAGCUGCUCGGAUUGAAGUUGCCCAAAGGGGAUGUAGUGAGCAGCACAGUGCCGCCAUUUAAGCAAAUGCCAGCGGCAACAGGAGCAACAGCAGCAGCAGCAACAGCAGCAACAUCAGCAACUACUGUGACUGGUACACCAGCAACGGCAACAGCAACAUCAGCAGGAGCAGCGGCAACCGCAGGUCGCCCAACUGACAACACGUGCUCCGGGCUGAAAAAGGGUGGCAGUAAAACGAAAAACAAACAGACCGCCGGCAAUAGACGUAAGGUUCAGAGUGCCACGCGUCGCCAGAGUACUCCAGCAGCCACCAGAGCCCCGCCGGCAACAACCAGGACACCUCCUACUCCGCCUCCUACUCCUCCUCCUACCCCGGCACCUGCCACAUCAACCACAACAGCAACGAGAAGCACUACACAGCAUCCGUUUUUGAACUCGCCAUUCGACAAAUUGCCCUUCAUGGACGCCAGCUACGAGGUGAGACCGCACAGAUUGCCGCCGCAGGGGCAGGAGGAGCCGUUGCAGCCACAUGAGCAGCCAACGCAGCAAUUCCACCAUUACCAGCAUGCAACGCGACCGCCAACAACUGCUGCUCCGCCGGCUAAAUCCGCGGAAGAGGAGUCAGCGCCACCUCCGGAUCGGAUGGGUGCACCGGGAUUCCCGGCCCUUGAUGGGGGAGAUCCCCUCGGUCAGUUGAAAUUGGCGGGAUGUAACAUUUACGGACGCAUGUAUCGUGUGGGUCGGAUUAUAGUGGAAUUAUCCAGCCAGUGCCUGGAAUGCAAAUGCACCGAGGUGGGCGUCAAGUGCGGCCCAUUAGACUGUUAAUUUAGACAUUUCCCUCCAAAUAAUCGAAAUCAUCAUCCCCCUUCAAUGGGCAAUGAUAGUGUGUGUAUAGGUUUAAGUGUCAGCUCUUAAUGGUAG